AUGAGAUCUUUUGAAAAUGGCACUUUCAAGGAGGGAUCUGAAAAAGGUUACCCACCAAUGAACGACGCUGAUGUUCCGCUGAGCAAUCCUCCACCCCCACAAGCCCAUCGCCUACUCAGUCCUGAGCGCCUUUUCCUGCUAGGCGACUCGCGGGUGAAUGAGAACCCUGGUCUUCUUUCCAUAGGUAUUAUGCUCUUCAGGUGGCACAAUGUCAUAGCCAAGAGAAUGAAAGAGGAAUAUCCUGCAUGGAACGAUGAGGAGCUUUUUCAAGCUGCUCGAAGAUGGGUGAUCGCUACCAUUCAGAUUCCAUCAGCUAUGAUUCUUCGGAAAAACACGGAAGCCUGCAAGUUCCGUAAAAAAGUCGGCGAUUUCCCUGCCGCUCGUCUCUGUCAGAACUGGAAUAUUCGAUAUGGACGAGUUCAUACUUGGAAUGAUCUCUCAAGUGGGGCGAAGCUGAGGAUGUCAUCGUUGUUGAAGACUUACGAGUUAUUCGACAGUCUUUCUAACCUCUAUGGCGGCGACAUCGGUGGCUUGGAUGCGUUUGUGGGUGGGAUGCUGGAAGUGGACGGCGAGCCGGGUGAACUGUUCAAAGCAAUAUUGAAGGAGCAGUUCGAUCGACUCCGCAGCUCAGAUAGGUUCUGGUUCGAAAACAGACUGAAUGGCAUAUUCACCAGCGAAGAAAUUGAAAGGAUACACAAUAUUACGCUAAAGGAUAUCAUUCGAGAGACCAUAGGGAUAUCUGACCAGUGGCUGCAGAAUAACGUGUUUGUCUUCGGAGGUGACGAUCCUUGUCCACAGCCGUUCCAA